GCGCAGAAGUGCUCAGGGGGCGGACGUGGGCGCUGGAACCUUGUCGAAGACCAUCGCGGAGGGAGCCCUCCCUGUAGGAUCAACGGUUUAGAUGUGCAUUAAGAUAGAGGCAGGCUUAUGAAUGUGUGGCCCACAGUACACUUAGCACAAUACGUCAAAACUCGGGGAGAAUCAGGAAUCCAACCGCUCGACCUCCGGAAAUAGAUGCGGAGGACAGGUGGCGAAUUGGAGUUGACCGAGUGCCCGAGGCAGAAAGAAACAGGCUACAGCUCGGAUUUCCCGCGAAAUCGCAUUCCGGCUUCGGACAAGACCACCGGAGCGGGGGAGCCCCGAUCGAGUUGUGCGUCGUUGUCCCGCGGGGCGCGGGGCGGCCGUCCGGUCCCCCCUGCCGCUGCACAGUGGUGCCUCCCGGAAGCGGGGCCGCGCGAGGGCGCUGCUGCGAUUGGUGGGCCGCCGCUGGGGGCGGAGACAACGGUGCCGCCGGCGGGAAACCUGGCCCCUGCUGAAGCGGAGCGGGAGCGCGACCCUUAGCCCGCCAUGUCGUCCCCGGUGUCCACCCCGAGCCGCCGCGGCUCCCGGCGGGCCGCCCCCGCUCAGCCACGCCAGGACCCGCUGUCGUCGGGAGAGCCGCGGCCGCUGCCCGCGUCGCCCGGCGCCGAGCCCCGCAGCCCGCCCCGCGCGCCGCCCGCAGCGGCCCCCCUGGACCUGGACGUGAGCUCGCCGCUGACCUAUGGCACCCCCAGCUCGCGGGUGGAGGGCACCCCGAGGAGCGGCGUGCGCGGCACGCCUGUGCGGCAGAGGCCCGACUUGGGCUCGGCGCGGAAAGGGCUGCAGGUGGACCUGCACUCGGACGGGCCGGCCGCAGAGGAUAUAGUGGCGAGCGAGCAGUCUUUGGGCCAAAAACUCGUGAUUUGGGGAACAGAUGUAAACGUGGCAACGUGCAAAGAAAACUUUCAGAGAUUUCUUCAGCGUUUCAUCGAUCCUCUGGCUAGAGAAGAAGAAAGCGUUGGCACAGACGUUACUGAGCCUCUGUACAUGCAGCGACUUGGGGAGAUUAACGUUAUUGGAGAGCCGUUUUUAAACGUAAACUGUGAACACAUAAGAUCAUUCGACACAAAUCUAUACAGACAGCUCAUUUGCUACCCACAGGAAGUUAUCCCAACGUUCGACAUGGCUGUCAAUGAGAUCUUCUUUGACCGCUAUCCUGACUCAAUCUUAGAACAUCAGAUUCAAGUAAGACCGUUCAACGCAUUGAAGACUAAGAAUAUGAGGAACCUGAAUCCAGAAGACAUCGACCAGCUCAUCGCCAUCAGCGGCAUGGUGAUCAGGACGUCCCAGCUGAUUCCGGAGAUGCAGGAGGCCUUCUUCCAGUGCCAGGUGUGCGCCCACACGGCCCGGGUGGAGAUAGACCGCGGUCGCAUCGCUGAACCCUGCGUGUGCGAGCGCUGCCACACCAGCCACAGCAUGGCGCUCAUCCACAACCGCUCCGUCUUCUCCGACAAGCAAAUGAUCAAGCUCCAGGAGUCCCCCGAAGACAUGCCCGCGGGGCAGACGCCGCACACGGUCGUCCUCGCCGCCCACAAUGACCUCGUGGACAAGGUCCAGCCUGGGGACAGAGUGCACGUCACAGGCAUCUACCGAGCGGUCCCCAUUCGCGUCAAUCCCAGAGUGAGCAACGUGAAGUCUGUCUACAAAACCCACAUCGACGUCAUUCACUAUCGGAAAACCGACUCGAAGCGUCUGCACGGCCUCGACGAAGAAGCAGAGCAGAAACUUUUUUCAGAGAAGCGUGUGGAAUUGCUUAAGGAGCUUUCCAGAAAACCAGACAUUUAUGAGAGACUCGCUUCCGCCUUGGCUCCGAGCAUUUAUGAGCAUGAAGAUAUAAAGAAGGGAAUCCUGCUUCAGCUCUUUGGCGGGACGAGAAAGGAUUUCAGCCACACAGGAAGAGGCAAGUUCCGCGCCGAGAUCAACAUCCUGCUUUGCGGGGACCCAGGGACCAGCAAGUCGCAGCUGCUGCAGUACGUGUACAACCUGGUCCCCCGGGGCCAGUACACGUCCGGGAAGGGCUCCAGCGCCGUGGGCCUCACCGCCUACGUCAUGAAGGACCCUGAGACGCGGCAGCUCGUGCUGCAGACGGGCGCCCUGGUGCUGAGUGACAACGGCAUCUGCUGCAUCGAUGAGUUCGACAAGAUGAACGAGAGCACACGCUCCGUCCUGCACGAGGUCAUGGAGCAGCAGACGCUCUCCAUCGCCAAGGCUGGGAUUAUUUGUCAGCUCAACGCCCGCACCUCCAUCCUGGCAGCCGCAAACCCUGUCGAGUCUCAGUGGAAUCCGAAAAAAACCACCAUUGAGAAUAUCCAGCUGCCCCACACACUGUUGUCAAGGUUUGACUUGAUCUUCCUCAUGCUGGACCCUCAGGACGAAGCGUACGACCGGCGUCUGGCUCACCACCUGGUGUCCCUGUACUACCAGAGCGAGGAGCAGGCGCAGGAGGAGGUCCUGGACAUGGCGGUGCUCAAGGACUACAUCGCCUACGCGCACGGCGCCGUCCUGCCGCGGCUGAGCCAGGACGCCAGCCAGGCGCUCAUCGAGGCUUACGUGGACAUGAGGAAGGUCGGCAGCAGCCGAGGGAUGGUGUCCGCGUACCCCCGACAGCUGGAAUCGCUGACCCGCUUGGCCGAAGCCCACGCUAAGGUGCGCUUUUCCAACAAGGUGGAGGCGAUCGACGUGGAGGAGGCCAAGCGCCUGCACCGAGAGGCCCUGAAGCAGUCGGCGACCGACCCGCGGACGGGCAUCGUGGACAUCUCCAUCCUCACCACAGGAAUGAGUGCCACCUCUCGUAAACGGAAAGAAGAGUUAGCUGAAGCUUUGAAAAAGCUUAUUUUAUCCAAGGGCAAAACGCCAGCCCUGAAAUACCAGCAACUUUUUGAAGAUAUUCGGGGACAGUCUGAUAUAGCAAUUACCAAGGAUAUGUUUGAAGAAGCGCUGCGUGCCCUGGCGGAUGACGACUUCUUGACGGUAACUGGGAAGACGGUGCGCCUGCUCUGAAGCCCCACGAGCAGCGCUGGUCACCGCCCUGCCGCCGGCGGGAGAAACAGCCUCAAAGUCAUUACUUGGCUGCAUAAAAAUUUUCUAACCUGGGUUCAGUUUUCCUAGGGAAGCCUGUGUGUGUUCAUCUUUUUAACAUUUUAAGUAAAGAGCACUGUGCCAGUUUAUGAGCAUGAUAUAGUACGACUGUUUUCUUGAAGUGCCGUUUCUUUAGCACCAGGUUUGAGCUGUGUGUAGGUACAGACAGCAGGGUGCGAUCUUCUCUGGAGACAGCGGUCUGGGUCAUGGUUUUGUGCUGGACUUUGUCGUGGCCGUUGGAGAUGCUCGGGUGUUCCCGUCCCUCCUGUGGGGAGGUCCACGGCCAGCGCUGUCCCCGCUGAGUCCUCAAGGCUUGUUCUCUUGGCUACAUGAGGCUGGAAAUGGUGGGGUUCCGUGUCACUGCUUUCUACUGCUUCACCCUAAUAUGUAGAACUUUUUCCUCAAUAAAU